GGUUUUGCGUCUACACAGCGUCUUUUGGAACAGAAACAUCGAUUCAGUUGCAUUUGAAUGUAAAUCAAGUUUGGAGUGCGCGACUUUAGUCAUAUUUUAACUGUUCAAGUGUUCGUUUAUAUAUUUUUUUGUCUUAAGAGAUUAAAACUAAAUGAAAAAAAGUGUGUCUGAAGAGAAUUGAAUGAAUUAUCACGUAAAUACCAAUCAGCAAUAAAUACGCCAUUGAGUAUCGACAAUUAUUCCAGCAAGCGUAAAUUCCAUUCCGUGUUGAAUUUUAUACCGUACAAAGAUUUUUUUUUGAAAUCCCAUAUUUCGAUAAAAAUCGGCUUUUUCUGACAAGAGCGGAUCAUACAAGCCAAAACGCUAACCGAACGCCAAAGGAAAAAUAAAAUCUGCUGUGCGCGCCCAACAUACAAAUCAAAACCACAUUUUGAUUGAUUUAAAACAAAAAGUGUUUGACUAAUUUCACAACAGCUCAGAAAGUUGUUCCAAAAAAAAGGUUUUUUCCACGCGAUAAAAAGAGAGUAAAUCCGAGGAAUUUUUCGUAAAUAUGGCAGCAGAAGUGGCAAAUAAUCAAGCAGUCAGUGCACCAGCUCCGGAAGAAAAAGAAGCGGCUGAAAAGAAGGUUGAAGAGGUCGUGGCGGCCGUUAAGGAUGGCGAUGCAAACGCACCAGUCAAAUCUGACGAAACGGCCGAAAGUGCUGGCGAUGCUACUGCCGCAGCUACCCCAGCCAAAAUCGUCGCACCAAAACUAACGGUACACAAAGCCGACUUCGAAAAGGAUGUCAUUUAUUUGUAUCAGUUCUCAAGGACCCCAUUUUUGCCAUCGAUAUCACCAUAUUGUCUCAAAGUUGAGACUUGGCUACGUCUUGCUGGACUUAAAUACGAGAAUGUCGACCAUAAGAUGAAAUUCCGCUCGAAGAAAGGUCAGUUACCAUUUAUCGAACUCAAUGGUGAAGAAAUCGCCGAUUCGGCCAUCAUCCUACGUGAAUUGAGCGCAAAAUUCGACAAAGAUUUGAAUGCGGGUCUCACACAAGACCAACGUAACAUUGCUCAUGCCACCAUAUCGAUGAUUGAGAAUCAUUUGGUCUGGAUUUUGUUCUACUGGCGCAUCAAGAACCCGGAUCUGCUCAUCAAAGGUUACAAGGUGAACUUGCAACAUGCACUUGGAUGCCGUCUGCCCAACAGCAUUUUGAACUUCUUCUUCCGCUUUACAUACGGACGCAAGUGGUUGCAGGGAUGUAAGAAAGUGAAAGCACAAGGAAUUGGUGUGCACAAACCGGAGGAAAUCGAAGAAUUUGGCAAACAUGAUCUGAAAGUCUUGUCCGACAUUCUAGCAGACAAACCAUUCUACUUCGGCGAUGAACCAACCAAUUUGGACGUCGUCUCGUUUGCUGUCUUGUCACAGUUUACUUUCAUCUCGAAAGAAGUCAACUUCCCACUCAGAGACUACAUCACUGAGCAUUGCCCAAAUUUGAUCGGUCAUGUGUCACGAAUCAAGGAACGAUGCUUCCCCGACUGGGAGGAAAUCUGCUCUAAGCUCGACUUGAACGCUCAUUUGCCGAAACCGGAACCGGAAAUCAAAGAAGGCAAGGAAGCUGAAACCGAAAAGAAAGCUGAACAAGAAAACAAUGAAUCGGACCAAAUUGAAAAAGAGCUAGAAAAAGAUAAGGUCGAAGAGAAGGAGAAGGAGAAUAUAGAGGAAAACAAGGAAAAAGAAGAAGCUAAAUAAGCGCAUUACAUAUUUACACAAAAACACCGAGUAAAAUAUAAACAAGCAAGAAAAAAAAAUAGAAAUUUACAACAGUAACAACGUCAUCCGAUUACAUUAAAACUAUCUAAAAAAAAAGCUAAAACAUCAAAAGUAAUAAGAAAAAAAAAACGAAAUUACUCAAAUUUUAUAGAUACCAUUUUUUGUGCGAAACAAAAACACACUCAAAUGAAAUCGCUACAUUUUCUAGUAUGUAAAACACCACACACAAACACACACACACAAAACGUGAAUCGCGACAAACAGAAUAAAAACACAAUGAAAAAAAUGACAUCUCGAACAAAAAAAAAACGAGAACAAACCAAACAAUGUACGAAAUCGAAUCCGAAUAUUUGGCAUAAAUGAAAUGGAAGAGAAAAAAAAGCAAGCUUGACUCAACAUUAAGAUAUUACAAAAAAAAAAAUAUUAUACUCAUACUCAUUUAAUAGAUACGAAAUAAAAAAAAUCAUAAACAAGUAAA